AUGACAACACCGUCUAAAUCAGUAUAUAUUCCCAUCAAUGAUCAAACACCAUUAUCAUUCUUCUUAGAUUUGGGUCCUCUUUGUAGUAAUGAGAAUUACGCUGAAUGUCAUCAAUUAGCUCAAGAUAAUUUCAUGAGAUGUGAUGAAGAUGAUAAAUCAUGUUGUUGUUAUUAUAUUAAUGUGGUUCAUCAAGAAUGUCGUCAAUUAUGUUCUACAUUUCAUCAUGAAACUUAUUAUCGAUUAAAAGCAUUAUGUUCCAAAGUUGAUUAUCAAACUAUCAUUGAUACGUUACCAGCUGAGAAUAUAGGUAGAAUCAUUCCUCCUUCAUUAAGUAAUAAUAGUGAUUCAACCACAACUACAACAUCCUCUACAACUACAACUAGUACCACCAAUAUCAAUCAAUUUUAUAAUAAUAAUAAAACUAAAUUAAGAAAUGAUUGGAAAUCAUCAUAUCCUAAACAUUCCCUUGAUUAUGAUUAUUAUAAUAGUGAAGAAGGUUAUCAUCAUUAUCAUCAAUCUAAUUCUAAUAUUAAACAAAUUAUAAAUUCUAAAUUAUUUAUUGGAUUAAUAUGUAUAUUAAUUCCUGUUUAUAUAUUUAAUAAUAUGUGA